AUGACGAAAAACGCGCUGCUAGAGUACCUGCAGCAGAAGAUGUCUGCAAUAUUUGCGUCUGUGAUGCCACCGUUAGUGAUGGAUGAUUUUUCCCGACCUAAGCCGCUCAUGGUGAGCGUUAAGGUCUUUGAGAGGAAGGAUGGAGAUAAUCUCCUGUUCUGGGUGAGAAAGGUCGAGUUGGCCAUCGCAUCCGCCAUGCUUCAGCAAAAGCGCGUGGCGCUAGCCAUUCCAAAGCUCGGUGGUCGAGCGCGAGAAUGGGCACUGACGUGUGGUCCUUCGGUCGGAGCUGCGUUUCCCUCCUGGGCGGAGCUGAAAUUGCAGCUCUCACGAGUAUUCUCACUGCCUAACCAGGCAUGUCGCGUGCGAGCGCGUUUACUUGUCGCCCGACAGGGCAACAAGAAGUUGGAGGACUUUGCCCAAGAGAUGCGUACUCUCAUUGCCGGUAUGGCAGCAGUUCCUCUCCCGGAGGCGGUCACAGUGACCAUGUUUAUUGACGGCCUCUGCAUGGCGUGA